AUGAAGUUCGAUGUCUUUGCCGCCUCGCUCGCCAUGGCCAUCCCCGCCUUGGCUGAUCUUUUGCCUCACGCUGGUAUCCCGGAUGAUCAGUUCAACUAUGGGAAGAUGGCGGCUCAUCUUGAGCACCAACUCGGCUUUGCCGGCAGUUACAGCCGUGACUACUGGGUUCACGGCUGGCUGCCGCAAUCAUGCAAGGACAUGGCGAAUGAGUUUGGUCUGGACCCAAAUGACUUUACCGUGUUCAGUGCUCACUAUGCCGACUGUGACAGGGCCUGGAUUUUUUGUCGGCACAAGGACUCGGCAGCCGACGAAGGCAACAUGCUUGAAAUGUUUGGCCGCACGCCAGUCGGCAUGCGCCAGUUUGUAAGACACUUGGUCGGCUUGCCUUCCUAUCUUUCCAAGUGGGAUGCUCAGGCAACCCCCAGCGGCGACGUUCGCUUCUUUUCUAGAAUCGACAUGCCGCUCCUCCUGCACGAGGUGUCGCAUAGCAUGGACUGGUACGCGCUGUCGGGCUACGGCGACACCUUCAGCAGUUCACGCAUCUGGAGCGACGCCUACUACCGCGACUCGCACACGCCCAGCGAGUACGGCCGCGCCAACUGGAUGGAGGACUUUGCCGAGGUGGGCAAGUGCGGCGUGGCCGACGCCAACCUCGCCGGCGGCUUCGGCAGCAUUACGGACUGGUGGCCGACGAUACAAAAUCAGUAUAUGGCGUAUGAAUGGUACUUUGGCGCCUUUAUUAAGUCGGGCGGGAGCUGCACCAGACGCUUUGCCAAUAGCGCGACGGUGCAGAUGAGCGGCAACAGCAAGCGUGCUUAUGAGUGCUCUACACCAGACAAGCACCACUGUUGA